AAAAAAAAAAAAAAAGAAAAAAUGGAAAAUUAUCACAGAGCUAUGGUUAGAAAGUACCGAAAAUCGUCGGCUCCUCGUCUCCGGUGGACACCCGACCUCCAUCAUCGGUUUGUCGAAGCUGUUCAGAAACUCGGUGGCAAACACAGAGCAACUCCAAAGAGAAUUAUGCAAGUGAUGGAUGUAAGAGGGCUUAAAAUUUCUCAUGUCAAGAGCCAUCUCCAGAUGUAUAGGAGCAUGAAGGAAUAUAUGGACUCAGAAGUGUUCCUCGAGAAAAAAUCUGAUUGUGCCCGUUAUCUGCUUCCUCUAAAACAGCAUUCACAGGAUCUAAGGCCUGGAAAACAUGUUAAAACCACAUUCGAUUGGCAGGGAAGAAGGAAAAUUGACCAAAAUGCACAUAAUUUUUUCCACCAUAAAUCCCAGAUGGAGGGCAAAACUGGAAGCAUAAGCAGUGAAAGUAGAGAAGAAAAUGAAGGUGAAAAUGAGGCAAAUAUUUCAAUGAACUGGUGGCGUUUGGACAAUCACAAAACAUCUGGAUCUAGUUGUUCUAUAAAUUUGGACCUAACUAUGUCCUGAUUAGUAUUUCUAAUUUAACAAGUCAGUGUUGGUUAGAUAUUUUCAUAUUUAAUAAUUUGCUACUACUAUAUAUAGUUAAAAAUAAAUUAACCAAGUAGUACAUAUCUUAGAUUUGUUUAUUACAUCUUUCAAAUUGAGAUGAAGUGCGCCUAACUAAAGCGGCUACAAACCCAAAGGGGUAUUUUAGUUACAACGUUUAUGACCCACCAGGUAUCAGCCCAGCCCAACUAAUGCACGUAUGAAAUUUUGAGAUCCAUAACUUAAAUCAUGAACGAUAAUUUUAUUUUAUUUUGGUUAAACAAAAUUUAUUUUAUUAAAAUUGUAAGUUGAUGUAGAAUAUUAUAGAAUAUAUACUAUUUUUUUUUUAUCUUUUAUUCCUUCAACAUAAUGUCAUUAUAAAUGCAUUUUCGAAUAAAAAAAUAUUUACUGAUACUUUUAGUUGUCCAUCAUUAUUAAAUAAUAUUU